AGACGCCCAUCGCUCGCCCCCCUUCUCCUGACUCACACUUGAUCCAGUCGCAAGUUCAAGAUCCCAGCCACCAUUCGCUCACUUGGCCAUAUUAUGCUACAAAGUCAGACACAGCAGCACGAGAAUCGUGAGAGGAUGUCUGCAUCACUUAGGCCCGUCUCCCUUGAGAUGCGGCCGCUAAGGCCUGACGGCAGACACAUCUCCCCGUUCCAUACCCCUCUCACCCGCCACCCAGCAGGAACUGUGCCGUUUGCUUGCAGUAUCGAUCACGGUACAAUGGCCGUGUACAAAAGAUCCUUCGAUCGUCUUGGUGCGUAUCUGGACCAACGAAAAGAUGGCAAUCUCAGUCCUUCCGCCGCCCAGCAUUGUGGGAAGCCUUUAUUAGUGGCCAGUAUCCGUAACCAACGAACAGGCGGCUCGACAACAUCGACUGCAGCUCCGGAACUCAAUGGUAUGGCCAUGGCGUUGAACGGUUUCCGAAUCUGUCAGAACUCACAUUUGUUUGCUAUUUCCGUGCCAGCCAGCCGCGAACUCCUACUCUGCACUUCAUGCGCAUCAGAGUAAGGCCCUUAUAGCAGAUGAAUCUGCAGCUUACUUUUGGGGUCGAAAUUCCACCGGACUUGUUGCCUCCACCAUCAAUGCCACAAGCUACGACAGAGGUGCCUCGCUCAUGGCAGCCUUGCAUCCAAGAUCUUCUCGACUGGUUCGCUCGCUCCAAAGGCCCUCAGUCAUU